UACUACAGUAUAGACUCGGAGGCAAGAGUCAUAGACGGCGCUGUGUGCCAUUGCAAAAGCCCAUUUCAAGGGCAAAUUUAUAUAGCGCUUAAUCUUUUUUUUUUUUACAAAAAGGGGGGUGGUGGAAAGUUUCGCUUAGGGACUAAGGGAUUUGAAUUCUCGUCGGACGAAGGCACAGUUGGGGAUAAGUCAGAAAACAUUUUGCUGGAAAGUGCCUGGCUCCUGUUGGUUAGCCUAGAGAAGGACUACAGACCUUAGAAGCCAGGAAUGGUGGAUCACUUAUUACCCACUGAGGAGACAUUCCCACACACUGGCUCUUCGGUGGGCUACCUCGCUGACAUGGUGACGGAUACCAGUAACUACCAGCUUCUCCCAUCCCCCUUCUCGGAGGAUGAGCUCAGUGACUCCUCCAGCUUUCGCUCUUGCUCCAGCCCGGAUUCUCAGGUGCUCAGCUCUAGUUAUGGGAGUAACUCCAGUGUGGAGAGCCAGGACAGCUUUGUAGACUAUCUUUUGGCCCAGAUCGACCUGGGGACAACUCCUGGAUUCUCAUGGGACAGGAAGGAUUCCCGAUCGAUCGUGAAGGAAGAGACAUUUGAGUUUCCAGUCUUCUCCACGGACCUGAAGGACCCGGGAACAUUCCAGCCCACCUUAGAGGAGAUUGAAGAGUUCCUGGAAGAGAACAUGGAGGUUGUUCUAAAGCAGGAGCCUGAAGAGCAGGGCAAGGGUAGCAGAGGGGGCAGCCAUGUCAUAUCUGCAGCCCAGCACAAAGACCAAACAGGAUCUAGCGUGACUCUCACCGACACAAAAAGCGCACAGUCGAGAGAAUCCGUGAAAAAGGAAGAAGUUGCCAGCUCGCCUGUGUCAGCUGAUGGUGGGGUUCCGGUAAUCCUUCAAAUCCAGCCUAUCCAAAUCAAGCAGGAGCAAAGCCCCGCUGUGGCCGCACAGCACCAGCCCCAGUCGGACAUUAAAAUUGCCCAGCUUCUCGUCAACAUCCAAGGGCAAACCUUUGCGCUGGUGCCCCAGGUGGUGCAGUCCGCCAGCUUCAGCACAUCGUCCAAGUUUGUCCGCAUUGCUCCUGUCCCAAUCGCAGCCAAACCAGUGGGAGUGGGAGAUGGGAGCCAGUCGACCAUCCUCAUGGGCCAGAAAUUUCAGAAGAACCCAGCCGCGGAUCUUAUCAAAAUGCACAAAUGCACUUUCCCUGGGUGUAGCAAGAUGUACACCAAGAGCAGCCAUUUGAAAGCUCACCUGAGGAGGCAUACAGGAGAAAAACCAUUUGCUUGUACAUGGCCUGGCUGUGGCUGGAGGUUUUCCAGGUCGGAUGAGCUCUCCAGACACCGCCGGUCUCAUUCUGGAGUCAAGCCCUAUCAGUGCCCUGUUUGUGAGAAGAAAUUCGCCCGCAGCGAUCACCUGUCCAAACACAUCAAAGUCCACCGCUUUCCCCGAAGCAGCCGGACAGUACGCACAACAAACUGACCCCGAUAGCUUUACUGUGGACAGAAGCCAAGCAGAGGAAAACAGCGUGAGUGUGUGCAUAUGAGUGAGACAGAGAACUAAAUCCUUUCUUUGUGGUACUGUGAUAAUUUAUUGUCUAUUGAGCGAAAACAAAAACACUGUUACUUGAUAAUACUUCAAAAGGCUGUGUCCUGAGCUAGUUUCAGAGUACAUUUUUUUUGGUUUUUCUUUUCAAAAUCUUAAGAAAACGUGCUUUUGAGUAUAGUGUUCUUUGUUUCAAGAAUUCAUUUCGUUUGUGUGCCUGCCUUUGAAGCUGUGUUCCACAGUAAUUAAAUCACGUAGGAGAGGACUCAAGCAACGCUAGGUCGGCCAUUCAGCACCAGCAGCCCCAGAACACAGCAGAUCAGGUGGAGAUAUGAGAAAUGACUUUCCUGACGGAAUUAAUGGAGGACUUUAGGUAGGCCAGGACUCUGGAAGCUCAAAAUGAAAUUAAGCUAGGAUAACGUGGUUAGCACACCUUCUUCUGCAAGCAGUACCAUGGCAUCUUUAACGUCCCAGUAGUUAGGGAAGUUCCCUCUUCACACUAGGGCAGUGUUUUUUUUUGCAUUUUUUUCCAAAAUAAAGAGCGCCACCUACUGGUCCACCAGCUCCACUUACUGCAGCAUCCUUGUUUUCCUUGGAGGUCUCAGCCUUGCAUAGCUGCUGGAAAAAACAACAACAGCUGAAGUAUUUAUUUUACAUUGUUU